AUGACGCCCAGGAUGAUAGUGGUGUCAUGUGGGGUAACAUACCACGAAGCUGGGUCACAUUUGUUAUGGUGCCAGACUGGGUUGCAGAAAAAUCCUGGAGAGGAAAACAGAGAAUCUGAAGAAAGUCGUUUUUUAAAACUUGCCAUGCUGUGGCCUGAAAAGCCUGUGUCUCCUUGUCCUGAAGUUAACUGGAGAAAAAGAACUAAGGAUCAUCUCCCUAGUCAACCUUUGCCAGAAAACCCAGCCACUGGUGUGAGUGGCCCCUCAGGGCCCAGCAGCCCAAGCAUCUCGGACCCCAGAGCCCGGCUUAGGGCCUAUAUAGACAGCCACCCUGUAGUCAUCUUCAGCAAGUCCACGUGCAAGCGCUGUGCUGAGGUAAAGAAGUUAUUUAAGUCGAUGCAUGUUUCUUAUUUUUUGCUCGAACUUGAUCAAGCAGAGGACGCCGGGGGCCUGGAGAGAGCGCUCUCGCAGCUGACCUCGGAAACCGACGUGCCCGUGGUGUUCGUGAAGCGGCAAAAGAUAGGCGGCCAUGGUCCAACUCUGAAGGUAAUAGUAGGAGAGAUGCCAGGCAUAAAGCAGUGCCUGAUUGUCUCCAUAAUUCACCUGGAUGCCAGUUGUGGGCAGAGCUCAGAUGUGAUCCUGUUGCUGGAGGUGGGUGCGAAUGCGCUGGGUCUGGGCUUCGCGGGGCGGGGCCGCCGGGAGGCGGAGCGAGCGGGGGGCGGGGCCUCCGGGCCAUCGCCAGCGCGCAUGGGCGGACAUCCUCAGCUCCGACAGACCCCCUUCAGUUUCCGCUGUUGUCUUGGAGGAACAUGUGUGAAUGUGGGUUGCAUACCUAAAAAACUGAUGCACCAAGCGGCUUUGUUAGGACAAGCCCUACAAGACUCUCGCAACUAUGGUUGGAACACCGAGGAGACGGUUAAACAUGACUGGAAUAAAAUGACAGAAGCCGUACAGAACCACAUUGGUUCUCUGAACUGGGGCUACCGGGUAGCUCUGCGGGAGAAGAAAGUCACCUAUGAGAAUGCAUUUGGGCAGUUUGUGGGUCCUCAUAGGAUUAAGGCAACAAAUAACAAAGGCAAAGAAAAAAUUUAUUCGGCAGAGAGAUUUCUCAUUGCUACUGGUGAGAGGCCACGUUACUUGGGCAUCCCUGGUGACAGAGAGUACUGCAUCAGCAGUGAUGAUCUUUUCUCCUUACCUUAUUGCCCGGGUAAGACGCUGGUGGUUGGAGCAUCCUAUGUUGCCCUUGAAUGUGCUGGAUUUCUUGCUGGCAUUGGCUUAGAUGUUACUGUUAUGGUACGAUCCAUUCUCCUUAGAGGAUUUGACCAGGACAUGGCCAACAAAAUUGGUGAACAUAUGGAAGAACAUGGUGUCAAGUUUAUAAAACAGUUUAUACCAAUAAAAGUUGAACAAAUUGAAGCAGGGACACCAGGCCGACUCAGGGUGAUAGCUAAGUCCACCAGUAGUGAUGAAAUUAUCGAAGGAGAGUAUAAUACGGUAUUGCUGGCAAUAGGAAGAGAUGCUUGCACAAGAAAAAUUGGCUUAGAAACCGUGGGGGUAAAGAUAAAUGAAAAGACUGGAAAAAUACCUGUCACAGAUGAAGAGCAGACCAAUGUGCCUUACAUCUAUGCCAUUGGCGAUAUAUUAGAGGGGAAGCUGGAGCUUACCCCAGUAGCAAUCCAGGCAGGAAGACUGCUGGCUCAGAGGCUUUAUGCUGGCUCCAAUGUGAAGUGUGACUAUGAGAAUGUUCCAACGACUGUGUUUACUCCUUUGGAAUAUGGUGCCUGUGGUCUUUCUGAGGAGAGAGCUGUGGAGACAUUUGGGGAAGAAAAUAUUGAGGUUUACCAUAGUUACUUUUGGCCGCUGGAGUGGACGAUUCCAUCAAGAGAUAACAACAAAUGUUAUGCAAAAGUAAUCUGUAAUAUCAAAGACAACGAACGUGUUGUGGGCUUCCACGUACUGGGUCCAAAUGCUGGAGAAGUGACACAAGGCUUUGCAGCUGCCCUCAAGUGUGGACUGACCAAAAAGCAGCUGGACAGUACCAUUGGAAUCCACCCCGUCUGUGCAGAGGUAUUCACGACUCUGUCGGUGACCAAGCGCUCUGGGGGAAGCAUCCUCCAGGCCGGCUGCUGAGGUUAAGCCCCAGUGUGGAUGCUGCCGCCAGCACUCCAAACCACUGCCCUGUUUCCUUGCCCAAAUCCAAGGGGAAGUUUUAGGAAGGGUCUUGCGCUUUGGCACAUGCAUGUCCUGUGCUCACAGCACCCAAGGCCCCCUUGGAUCUCCUGGGUAGGAGGUGGUGAAUGGAAGGCAGGCAGCGUCUCACUGGGGUCGCCGUGAUGGACUGGAACUGACAUUCGGCAGUGCAUCGGCGCGGUGCAUCCAUGAAGUCACUGGCCUCAAGCCCAUGCGGUGGGCAGUGAUGGAACAGCUGUCGAGCAGUUUGAGCAUGACCCUCCCUUUCUGCGUUUGCUGAUUCUCACUGUUAAGCUUUCUAAUGUUGAUUCUUUUUUUCUUUUUUCCUCCAAGGUGUAAAUGAGACUAGAGACAUGUUAGUAGUCGAUUUUUGUCCAAAAGUAAGUCUUGGCUAGAGUAUGCAAGUA